GUGGUGUACGAUGAUCAUGAGAGCGAAGAGGAGGAGGAGAGCAUGGUGUCCGAGGAGGAAGAGGAGGCAGACCCCGAGGAUAACCAGGACUCCGAGGAGGAAGAGGAGGAGGAGAUAAUGGAGGAAGAGGACGACGACGACUCUGACUACCCCGAAGAGAUGGAGGAUGAAGACGAUGCCAGUUAUUGCACUGAGAGCAGCUUCAGGAGCCACAGCACCUACAGCAGCACCCCAGGUAGGAGAAGACAAAGAGUGCAUCGUCCUCGUUCUCCAAUAUUGGAAGAAAAAGAUAUCCCACCCUUGGAGUUUCCUAAAUCCUCAGAGGACUUAAUGGUGCCUAGUGAGCAUAUAAUGAAUGUUAUUGCCAUCUAUGAGGUACUAAGGAACUUUGGCACUGUUUUACGCCUCUCUCCUUUUCGUUUUGAGGACUUCUGUGCUGCUCUGGUAAGUCAAGAGCAGUGCACGCUUAUGGCAGAGAUGCAUAUAGUGCUUUUAAAAGCAGUUUUACGUGAAGAAGACACUUCAAAUACUACCUUUGGACCUGCUGACCUCAAAGAUAGCGUUAAUUCCACUUUGUAUUUCAUAGAUGGAAUGACGUGGCCAGAGGUUCUGCGGGUAUAUUGUGAGAGUGACAAGGAAUACCAUCAUGUUCUUCCUUACCAAGAGACAGAGGACUAUCCUUAUGGACCAGUAGAGAAUAAAAUCAAAGUUCUGCAGUUCUUAGUGGAUCAGUUUCUUACAACAAACAUUGCACGUGAAGAGUUAAUGUCAGAAGGUGUUAUUCAGUAUGAUGAUCAUUGUAGGGUUUGUCACAAACUUGGGGAUUUGCUUUGCUGUGAAACUUGUUCAGCUGUGUACCAUUUGGAGUGCGUGAAACCACCUCUUGAAGAGGUACCAGAAGAUGAAUGGCAGUGUGAGGUCUGCGUAGCACAUAAGGUGCCUGGAGUAACUGACUGUGUUGCUGAAAUCCAAAAAAAUAAACCUUACAUUCGACAUGAACCUAUUGGAUAUGACAGGCAUAGACGAAAAUACUGGUUCCUGAACAGAAGAAUCAUUAUAGAGGAGGAUUCAGAAAGUGAGAAAGAUAAGAAAAUCUGGUACUUCAGCACAAAGAUCCAGCUGGCAGAGCUAAUCGAAUGCCUAGACAAGGAUUACUGGGAAGCUGACCUAUGCAAAACUCUGGAAGAAAUGCGUGAGGAGAUUCAUCGGCACAUGGAUGUAACAGAAGACCUCACUAAUAAAGCAAGGGGCAACAACAAGUCUUUCCUUUCAGCAGCAAAUGAUGAAAUUUUGGACACUAUCAGAGCAAGAAAAGGAGAAAUAGUGGAAGAUAAAACCACAGCAGAUGAUGAAGCAGAAAAGGCCAAAAGUGAUGCUGAUAAUGACCAGACAGAUGCUGAGAGAAGCAAGGAAGAAUCUGGAGAUCAAGAUAAAAUUGAGGAAACAUCCACUGAGCAAGAUGCAGAAAAAGUGAAAACAGAAGAGGCAACAGUCGUUGGGGAUAAAAGUAACUCUGUGACAUCAAGCACUGAUGACAACAACACAAAUCCUUCUGCAGGAGAGACUAGUUGCUCUGAAGGGAAGAACGCAAUGGGGUGUCAGUCAGAAACCCUUGAGAGCAACAACGUGGCAGAGAAGAAGGUGGCAUCAGAGCUCCCUCAGGAACUCUCAGAAGAAACUGGUCAGAUGAUCCCUGGCAACAGUAGCAGUGUAUCUGCUGCACCUCUACCGUCAGAUGUUGAGAACAGCAACGGCAGUGAGCUGGGCUCUGGGCAGAACGACUCCAUUAGGACUCCUGAUGAUGCUGAGAAUGCAGAGAGGGGAUCCCAGACUUCAGAGGACAUAGGAGAGAAAUCUAAUGGUGAAAGAAGCGACUCUCCAGGCGCAGGAAAAGGCACGGCAGGUUCGACGCGAAUGCUUACGAGAUCACGAAAUCCAGAUAGCAAGUUGAGCCAGAUGAAAAGCCAGCAGGUGGCUGCUGCAGCACAUGAAGCAAAUAAGUUGCAUAAAGAAGGCAGAGAGGUUCUGGUGGUCAACUCUCAAGGUGAAAUCUCCCGAAUGAACACAAAGAAGGAAGUUGUGAUGAAAGGAAAUAUCAACAAUUAUUUCAAAUUAGGGCAGGAGGGGAAAUACCGUGUUUAUCAUAAUCAAUAUGCCACUAAUUCAUUCGCAUUGAACAAGCACCAGCACAGGGAGGACCAUGACAAGAGACGACAUCUCUCGCAUAAGUUCUGUCUGACUCCUGCUGGAGAGUUCAAAUGGAAUGGGUCUGUACAUGGGUCCAAAGUUCUUACCAUUUCCACUUUGAGGCUAACUAUCAUUCAGCUAGAAAACAACAUCCCGGCAUCAUUCCUUCACCCUAACUGGGCUUCCCACAGGUCUAACUGGAUUAAGGCUGUUCAGAUGUGCAGCAAACCUAGAGAAUUUGCACUAGCGCUGGCUAUAUUGGAGUGUGCAAUUAAACCGGUUGUCAUGCUGCCAAUCUGGCGGGAGUCGUUGGGGCACACUAGGUUACGCAGAAUGACAGCAAUCGAAAGAGAAGAAAAGGAGAAAGUGAAAAAAAAAGAGAGAAAACAAGAAGAAGAAGAAACAAUGCAGCAAGCUACGUGGGUGAAAUACACAUUUCCUGUCAAGCAUCAGGUUUGGAAGCAAAAAGGAGAAGAAUAUAGAGUAACAGGGUAUGGUGGCUGGAGCUGGAUUAGUAAAACACAUGUCCACAGGUUUCUGCCCAAACUGCCUGGAAAUACUAAUGCAAACUACAGGAAGUUGCUACCAACAAAGAGUGAAGAUGAAAAAUGCAACUUGGAUAAACGAAAAGGUCCAAUUAAGGUAAAACCAGAAAAAGACAGAACAAAGGAUUCUCAUGAGCUGCAAGCAAAAGACAAAGCAGAUGUUUCAGAAACCUCAGAGAAAGUACAAGUGAAAGAAGAAAAGUCACGUCAAGAAAAAGUGGAAGUUGAUAGGAUUUCUGAAAACCUAGAUGGUGCAAGAGACAAAGUGGAAAAAGAAAUCGAUGGUGAAAACGAUAAAGUCAUCAAGGAAGAACCUAUGGAUGUAGAUGAUGUGAAAAUUGAAUCCCCCGUAAAAGAUGAGGACAGUCAUUGUAAGCUGGAUAUAAUUAAUGUCAGUGAGGGGUUUCAUUUAAGGACUUGCUACAAAAGGAAAGUAAAAUCAUCAAAAUUAGAUGGACUACUUGAGAGGCGGAUAAAACAGUUUACACUGGAAGAAAAACAGCGGCUAGAAAGGAUGAAACUGGAGGCUAGUGCUAAAACUGGAGGCAUUCGACCUGUAAGCCCCCCAAAAAACAUAGAUGAGCUACAAAUGAGAAAAGUAAAAGAAGGAAGCCAGUUUGACAUGUCUUCCCAAAAUCAAACCUAUAUUUCAGAUAAGACCCAAACUGAAGAUGCAGAACAGGACUGCUUGCCAAUUAGCAGCGUCUCUUGUUCCAAAACCAGUGAGCUGGAUGAACCCUCUUUGCCUUUGACAAACAGGCUAUCCAAAAGAGAAGGCCAGCUACUGGAUGAAGACUCACGUCAAUCAUCUGAAGGUGAAAGCUCCAUUCAGAAUGAUAGUAAAGAAAGCAAGCCUGAACCUAUGACUGCUGAUAAGUGUCAAGGGCAAGAGGCUCUUGGAGAGUCUGAGAGUACCUUUGUGGAUGGCUUGAAACAAACAAAUGCAGAAGGUAGAAUCAAAUGGGAUGUUUCAGAAACCAGCAAAAAACCUUUGAAACAAAACCUACCUACUUCCAGAGUGUCUCAGUGUGAACGUGAAAACAUAGAGCCGGUGGUAACUGAAAGCAGCUGUAGAAAAGAUGCUCUGGCCACCCUUGAAAAAACAGAUUCAGAAGGAAAUUCAGAACAUCAGAGCAAAGAUCCAGAAAGCAAUUGUAUGCUAAAAAGCCAUAUUGAACCAACGUCCUCUCAAGAAAGUGAAAUGGAGGAAAAAAUGGCUUCAGUAAAGAGUGAAAGUAAAUCUGAAAACAAGAUCAUGUUGCACCAGAAAUCAGUUAGUAAAGAUCUAGAACCAUUUGAAAAAGAGCUAAUUGCUGAAAGAAACCUUGAAAGUCAAACGCUGGAACACAUGGAUGGGGUAGAAGUUGAUGAGGAUUUACUGAGCUCUAAACUAACUGAGGCUAAUGGUCAAAAGAAAAUGGAGGCAAGGACCAUAACCAAAUAUCUCGAUCAGACAAAUCUAAAUAGUGUUACUGACAAAAAGAAUAAUAAGGAUGAAGAAACUGAGAUGGAAAAAGAAACAUCAGCAUUUCAAAUGAAUGGAAAAGACAGCAACGUUAAAGUAUUACCAAAUGAUGACUGCUCAGUUAAAGAUAGUUGUGAAACAAAGGUAGGGGGUGAUACUGAACCAAAAGUUAAUAAUAUUAAUAAAUCCAUUCAAGAACAUGAAAUAAAGCCAUUGACUUUUAAGGAAUCUUCAGUAAAACCAUUCAUGAAUGGUGACAUCAUGGUAGAGGACACAAAGGACAAAAAUAACGUGGACUCUAAGUCACGUCUGCAGAGUUCGCCUGAGCUGGAAUCUGGAGAGAGUCUUCAGCCACCAGAUGAAGUUCCCAAGUUUGUGCAGAAAAGUGAAGAAAAACGUCUUUCUCCUGAGAGAUCUGCUUUUGGCACUGCCUGUAAAGAAAAUAACCUGAACAGUGAAACAGAAUCCAUGGAAACUGAAGUAGUCGAGGAGAAGAAAGUUACUCCAUCGCCUGUAACCUCACGUGAGGAAUCUAGCUUGAGUAGUCACUUUGCUGAUCAGAAUGGUGUACAGACAUAUAAAAUGGAGAAUGUUAAUGGAGAAAGUAAAACAAAAACUGUAAUUACUGAAGUGACAACCACAACAUCGACUGUGUCUACAGAAUCCAAAACUGUGUAUAAAGUUGCAGAGACUGUAGCUUCUAAGGAUGAGAAGACAACAGUAGUGUCAUCUACAGAAAACUGUGCCAUAUCCACUGUCACUACCACCACUACUGUGACUAAGCUCACCACUCCAGCUACAGACAGUAACAUUGAUGUAGUUUCUGUGCAAGAGCAUAGUAAAACAGUGGUUACAACAACAGUAACUGAUUCACUGACCACCCCAGAAGGCACAUUGGUGACUUCCAUGACUGUCAGCAAAGAAUAUUCUACAAAAGACAAAGUGAAGUUAAUGAAAUUUUCAAGACCCAAAAAAACCCGUUCUGGAACUGCCUUACCAUCUUACAGAAAAUUUGUUACCAAAAGCAGUAAAAAAAGUAUCUUUGUUUUACCCAAUGAUGACUUGAAAAAGCUGGCCAGGAAAGGAGGGAUCAGAGAAGUUCCCUAUUUCAAUUACAAUGCAAAGCCUGCCUUGGAUAUCUGGCCAUAUCCAUCCCCAAGGCCAACUUUUGGGAUCACUUGGAGGUACCGACUUCAAACAGUGAAAUCACUGGCUGGCGUCAGCCUUAUGCUGCGGUUGUUGUGGGCAUGUCUCAAAUGGGAUGAUAUGGCAGCAAAAGCUCCACCUGGGGGAGGAACUACACGUACAGAAACAUCUGAAACUGAAAUUACAACAACAGAAAUAAUCAAGCGAAGAGAUGUUGGUCCGUAUGGAAUCCGGUCAGAGUACUGUAUAAGAAAAAUUAUUUGUCCCAUUGGUGUACCAGAGGCUCCAAAAGAAACUCCAACACCUCAGAGGAAGGGACUGCGAUCAAGUGCACUAAGGCCAAAAAGGCCAGAAACACCCAAGCAAACGGGCCCUGUUAUAAUCGAAAGUUGGGUAGCAGAGGAGGAAUUGGAACUAUGGGAGAUCAGGGCAUUUGCUGAAAGGGUGGAGAAGGAAAAGGCACAGGCAGUUGAACAACAGGCUAAGGUUAGUGAACAGAAGAAGGCAGAGGAAUUCAAGGCCCAAUUGGAGGCUCAACUAAAACACCAACGAUUGGCUGCCCAGCAGAAACGGCUGGAACAGCAGAAGCAGAUGCCUACAGUAGGUGUGUCCCCUGCAGUCACUACAUCCAGCAGCACUGCAACUACUGUCUCAACACCACAGAAAGUUGUGGUAGGCCCUUUAACGGGCCCAGUCCCCACUGGAACCAAAGUAGUACUUACUACAAAAGUGGGUUCUCCAGCUACAGUCACAUUCCAACAGAACAAGAAUUUCCAUCAGACUUUUGCUACUUGGGUUAAACAAGGCCAAUCUUCAACAGCCACUAGCACAGCUGCCACUUCAGCCACAACCAUUGCCAGCACAGGGCAGACCUUCCAGAUCUCAGGCAGUCCAGUAACGAUGGCAGGGAAAGUGAUAACUAAGCUGCCACUCCCUGCAAACAGCAAGAUUGUUGCCGUCAAUGUGCCAUCAACUCAAGGAGGUGUUGUUCAAGUUCAGCAAAAGGUAUUGGGUAUCAUUCCAUCAACUACAGGUGCAAGUCAAACAUUUACUUCAUUCCAGCCAAGGACAGCAACUGUAACCAUUCGGCCAAAUACCACAGGGACAUUAGGAACAACAAGCACUUCACAAGUAGUGCAAGGGACACCGCUUCGCCCGGGUAUGACAGUGAUACGGACACCACUGCAGCAGUCAGCGCUUGGGAAGACCAUCAUUCGAACACCUGUGGUGGUGCAACAAGGUAUUCUUCCAGCCAGUCAGACACAGCAAGUGGUCACUCAGAUAAUCAGGGGUCAGCCUGUCUCAACAGCAGUUUCUAGUACCAGCACAGCUUCUUCCAGUGCUGGGCAGAAAACGGUCACAAGUUCUGGAACACCACCUCAACAAACACAGCCACAAACCACACCACAGCCCACUCGCCCCCAGCAGGGACAAGUGAAGCUUACUAUGGCCCAGCUCACACAGCUAACACAAGGACAGGGUGGCAGUCAAGGAUUAACUGUGGUAAUUCAGGGACAAGGUCAAACUACUGGUCAAUUACAAUUAAUCCCUCAGGGUGUGACUGUAAUACCUGGUCCAGGACAACAGCUUAUGCAAGCAGCUAUGCCAAAUGGUACAAUUCAGAGAUUUCUUUUCACCCCACUACCAGCAGCUGCUACUACAGCUAGCACAACUACAACAACAGUUUCUACUUCAACCUCAGCUACAGGGGAGCAGAAGCAAGCUCCACAGGCACAGCCAACAUCAGCGCUGCCACCAGCUCAGCUACAGCCUCAGAGUCAGCAGCAAGCCCAGCCUCAAGUACAGAAUCAGAGUGCUCAGCCUGUGCUGCCGGCCCAGCCACAGGCACCUCAGCCAGCACUUCAGCCUGAAGCUCAGACCCAGCCUGAAGCUCAGACUGCAGCAUCCGCUGACUCUCCAGUCACACCUGAAGCACAGUCAUCUAAAUCUCCAGUUCAGUCUCCAGCACAGACCCAGGCUCAAGGGCAGUCUCCAGUGCAAGUCCCGAGUCAGCCGCAGACUGCAAUCCUUCCACAAGGCCAGUCCCAAGCCCAGCCUCAGCAACCAGCUCAGGUGCAGACUACAACCCAACAACAGAUUCAGAUGCAGCCCCAUGCUCCCAUACAAACUCAAGCGCAGCUGCAGCAAUCACAACCUCAGGUUCAGGCUUCGGUCUCAACCCUUCCAACUACUCAAAGUUUAAAUCAGGUUCCUGUGCAAUCCCCAGCUCGUCCUCAGCUACAACUUCAGCAGCCUCCAACAAAACUUAUUACAGUGCCUCAGCUUCAGCAACAAGUCCAAGUUCUCUCUCAGCUUCAGUCACAUGUUGUGGCUCAGAUACAAGCCCAACAAGGCAGUGUGCCCCAGCAGAUCAAGCUUCAGUUACCUAUUCAGAUCCAACAAACUAGCCCAGUACAGGCUCACCAGAUUCAGAAUGUGGUAACAGUUCAAGCAGCUAGUGUUCAGGAGCAGCUGCAGAGAGUUCAGCAGCUCAGAGAGCAGCAACAGAAGAAAAAGCAGCAACAGAUAGAAUUUAAACGUGAGCACACCCUUCAGGCUUCUAAUCAAAGUGACAUUAUCCAGAAACAGGUGGUUAUGAAACAGAAUGCUGUCAUAGAGCACUUGAAACAGAAGAAGACACUGACUCCAGCAGAGAGGGAAGAAAAUCAGAGAAUGAUUGUGUGCAACCAAGUGAUGAAAUACAUUCUGGAUAAGAUUGACAAAGAAGAAAAACAGGCAGCUAAGAAACGAAAGCGAGAAGAGAGUGUGGAACAGAAGCGUAGUAAACAGAACGCUACUAAGCUCUCGGCUCUGCUUUUCAAGCAUAAAGAACAGCUGAAAGCUGAAAUAUUAAAGAAAAGAGCACUCCUGGACAAAGAACUACAAAUUGAAGUGCAGGAGGAGCUAAAGAGAGACUUAUCUAAAAUUAAGAAAGAAAAAGAAAAAGCCCAGGCAGCAGCUGCU